AUGUCCACUGCGGCGGUGAUUCACUUCCGCGUGUUGACACUGAAUCAAGUGAUCACUUCUGCUUGUCGUCACUCUUCUUUCGGAGGUUACUGCAUUUAGUCGCAAGAAAGCUUGACAACUCGCACAGACAUCAUGGCAUACUCAGGAGGAACUAUUGUGAACCCGACUAUUCCAUACAACUGCCCCAUCCCAGGCGGCCUUCCGAAUGGCAAGAUGAUCAUCGUGCAGGGCACCUGUCAUCACCACCACAACAACUUCGCCAUCAACCUGUGCGUGAGCCCCCAGAUAAGCCCCUUGCCUGACACCGCCCUCCACUUCAAUGUGAGAUUCAACGAGAAUGCGAUCAUCCGGAACUCGCAGCAGUACAAUGCCUGGGGCCAGGAGGAGAGGGGAGGAGGGAUGCCACUUCGGAAAGGGACCCCCUUUGAAAUCAUCAUUCUGGCGGAUCCUCAUCACUACAAGAUUUCCAUCAAUGGCCGCCACUACACUAAUUUCCGUCACCGCAUCCCCAAGGAGAGUGUCCAGUACCUGAUCAUCUCAGGGGAUGUCAACAUCAGCUACAUCAAGUUUGAGGGUGGUGCACCUGUUAUGCCUCCGCACUACCAACCCCCCCCUCCAGGCUAUGCCCCCCCUGCAGGCUAUGCCCCCCCUGCAGGUCCAUCCAUGUACAUCGCAGGCCAACCAAUGUUCCCAGGGAGCCCAGCUCCCCCGGCAUAUGCAGGUGCCCAGCCUAUCUACAACCCGCCUGUGCCUUUCACAACCAACAUUCCUGGCGGCAUCUACCCUGGCCGCAUGUUGUACGUCAGUGGAAUCCCAAACCCUAAUGUUUCCAGAUUCACAGUGAACCUGAUGUGCGGUCCGAGUGAACAGGGGGACAUUGGCUUGCACUUUGAUGUCCGAUUCAACUAUGGCGGUGCCUACAACCAGACUAUCAGGACCCACAAGGUCGGCAGUACAUGGGGAACCGAGGAGAAACACCAGAACUUCUUCCCCUUCGUGCCCAACGCCAACUUCGACAUGAUCAUCCUCAUUGAACAAGCCAGCAUCAAGAUUGCUGUAAACAACCAACACUUCUGUGAGUUCAAUCACAGGAUCCAGCCACUCAACAGGAUUGACUACCUGAACGUCAAUGGCGACGUCCGUCUAACAUCUGUCAAAAUUCAGUAGGUCAGCUGACCUCAGAAGGGAGAGAGUGGACACCGGCCUGACAUGCAUCAGCGGGACAGUUGGGACAGCUCUUUUUGUUGACUGUUAAAGAUGUCUGUUCCUAGUCCGUGUUGAUCGUUUCUAGUUUGGUUUAAAUGCAAUAAUCAACAAAUAAAAUCAUGUGUACAUUGUCAUCUGAUUUGAUAUUAAUAUCUUCAAUCAACAUUACUUAAUUCAUGUAGACAUAUAUUAUUGAAGACACUAGGUAUGUUUUAAGUUAUGAUUUUGGUUAAAGGGUCAAGAAGUGCUCAAAGUUCUAGCACAUGAUCAGUAGUGGUAUGUGGUUCACUGAAUACUGAUUCAUUCAUGGAACCUCGUUUGUUUGUUAUGAAGUCUUUGUCUAUAUUGGUUUUUAGGUAUAUUGUUGCAUAUGGGUUAACCACAUUGUCUGUAACUGCAUUUCCUGAUCUAAUUUUGUGACAUUUGGAAAUUGUUUCUUAUCAAUAAUAGCUCAGUAGAAUCAGCCCAGAGAAAUCUGUUGCCUUGUUCUUUCAAUGUUUUGUAUGCCUAAUAUUGCAGAACAGUUACCUAGGAUUUGCAGUGUACAACAAAACUACCCAGGCCAUGCAUUGUACAAACCAAGGACAUACAGUGUACAACAAUUACUUUGGUCAUACAUUGUACAACAUAAUUACCUACACCUUUAUUGUACAACAUAGUUACCUAGAACUUUUAUUGUACAACGGAGUUACCUAGAACUUCAUUGUACAACAGAGUUACCUAGAACUUCAUUGUACAACAGAGUUACCUAGAACUUGCGUUGUACAACAUAAUUACCUACAACUUUUAUUGUACAACAUAGCAACUUAGAACUUCAUUGUACAACAGAGUUACCUAUAACUUUCAUUGUACAACAGUUACCUAGGAUUAACCUCAUGGUUACCCAACACUAAAUUGUACUACAGCAGAGUUUCCUAGUUACUCUUGGCUAUGUCUUUUAAAGUCAUGUGUUUUAUUUUAGCAUUUAGUUUCUGUUCUUUUCUUAUUUACUGGUUGUAAAUAAAAUUUUUACUGCUAUUGUAUAAAAAGGCCUUGUAUGAAUAUUGUAUUCACGAGGGAGCAAGUCACAGUCAGGUAGACUCAUAUACACCAAGCCUUUCACUAACAAUACUAAUAAUUUUCAUGUAUUUUUCGUAAUUUUAUUCAGAAAUUCAAAAAAUAAUUCUAAUAAAACUUGUCUAUUACUGUGAUACAAUGUAAACAGAUUUAUCUCUCAUAAAUGUUAUUAAGUGUUGCUUAACAGUGUUCCUUGCAAUAUACAGCAAUGUUGCCUAGGUUGUACAAUGUACUACAAUGUUACCUAUGUUUAAUGUACAACAAUGUUACCUAUGUUUAAUGUACAGCAAUGUUACCUAUGUUUAAUGUACAGCAAUGUUACCAAGACCAUACACCUGAUCCUUUUGUUGUUUCUUUUCUCAAGUCCUGUUGAUUUGUUUUGUUUUAAAUAAUUAUGUAUUUUUAGAUAUAUUAAUAUAUCUUUUUUGGUGCAGUAAAGGUUUUGCUUAUACUGCAAUUUUAUUUACAUCGUGAUGUAGAAGCAUGUAAAAAGAAAUGCUCAAGGUAUUGUAAAUUGCAUAUUGACAAGAAAGAUGUAGUGUACAGUAAUUGUUUGCAUCAUUUAUACCUUAAGCAUUCAUGUGGGUAGCUCUUUUGUUCUAAUCACACAUUUGAUUGGUAAUAAAUAUCUGAUUUUCAGCUAAACCAAA